AUCCUUGCCAACGCCAGCUCUGCCUUUCCCCCUCACUCCUGCCUUCUGACACCUCUGCUGGCCUGUUUGGCCAUAGCACAGCUGGUCUUGGACAGAGAUAGAAGUUCUGGUGAACAAUCAGAAUAAUGUUCAACAUAAACCUGUUGGAGAACCUGAAGGUUUACAUCAGCAGUCGACCUCCACUUGUGGUCUUUAUGAUCAGUGUAAGUGCUAUGGCAAUAGCUUUUCUGACACUGGGUUAUUUCUUCAAAAUCAAGGAAAUCAAGUCACCAGAAAUGACAGAGGACUGGAAUACUUUCCUCCUGAGGUUUAAUGAUUUGGACUUCUGUAUAUCUGAGAAUGAAACCUUAAAGCAUCUCAUCAAUGAUACCACAACUCCAGAAAGUACCGUGACCAGUGGACAGGCGAGAUCUUCUACACAGUCUCCACAGACUCUUGAGGACUCAGGUCCAAUAAACAUCUCUGUUGCAAUCACAUUGACGCUGGACCCACUCAGGCCGUUUGGCGGAUAUUCUCGCAAUGUCACACAUCUGAGUUCCACAAUUUUUGGACACCAGAUUGGACUCUCAGGCAGAGAAUCCCAUGAGGAGAUAAAUAUUACAUUCACCCUGCCUGCUGCUUGGAACUCAGAUGACUGUGUUCUUCAUGGCCACUGCGAGCAGGUUGUGUUCACAACCUGCAUGACUGUGACAGCAGCCAGCAAUGUAUUUCCUGUCACAGUUCAGCCACCACAUUGUGUUCCGGAAACCUACAGCAAUGCUACACUUUGGUACAAGAUCUUUACCACAGCAAGGGACUCUAAUACAAAAUAUGCACAAGAUUAUAACCCUUUCUGGUGUUACAAAGGAGCAAUCGGAAAAGUGUAUCAUGCUUUAAAUCCCAAACUAACUGUUAUAGUUCCAGAUGAUGAUCGUUCUCUAAUAAACCUGCAUCUCAUGCAUACCAGUUACUUUCUUUUUGUGAUGGUGAUUACAAUGUUCUGCUAUGCAGUUAUUAAAGGCAGACCAAGCAAACUGAGGCAAAGCAAUACAGAAUUCUGCUCUGAAAAGGUUGCUUUGUCAGAAGCAUAAUCCAUCCUCUACUUUUACUGAGAAUGACUGAGAACCGUGAUCAUUGCCUGCUGAACCCAGAAUGGGUCUUAACACUCUGUGAAUACAUUAUCUUGCAAUGUUGGUUUAUUCCAACCAAAGACAUUUCAAGUGCCUGUAAUUGAUUUGUACAUAUUUAUAAAAGUAUAUUCAGAAUAGGUCAGAUGAUGCACUUGUUCCGCAUUGUAGUGCGGCCGGAAACUUUCAGUCUUUACCUGUGGACAUAGCCGAAUGUUUGUGUAGAUAUGUUUAGUGAUAUGGCUACAUAUAGUCAGAGCAAGAUAUUUUUGUCUAGCUGCAUCUGGGCAGGUUAAGAUGCCUUUGCAAGUGUCUCAAAGAAACCAACAGAUCUUUGUUUUUUGCCCAAUGAUAUGUACAGUGUGUUUGAAACAGUAUGCACCUUUGAUAUAAUACUGCAUUUCCAAAGCCACCAAUCUACUACAUGAAUUAAAUGUGUAUUUGUGUGGCCUAAUACUUUCUUCCAUUUGCUCCUUGCUUGCAAGAAAAGAUAUCAACGUUUUAGGGUUUUUUUGAAAAAAGGAAUACAUAUUCACAUUUUCAUAGUGCUGUAUUUAGGACAAAGUCGUGCUUUUAUUCAUAGUAAAAAAAUGAAGAAGUGAAGUCCCAUUUAAAAAUGUUUCUUACUGAAAAGUGCUGUUUGAUUUUUUUUUUUUUAAUUUUUUUUUUCUUUAUUUUUUCAUUUGGCUUGCUGAAUGCCGAGAAGUCAGCAUAGAGACUAUCUGGAAAGCUUUCCACUUGGCCUCCCAUCUGCAGCCCUCAAACCAGGAUUGUGCAUCUCUGCUGCAGAGCAGCUUUCUGUGCUUUUUUUUUUUUUUUCUAGAAAGUGAAACUUAAUAAAAAGAUGUAUUGUAUGAACAGUCCGGGGCUCUGCACAGCCUUGGGCAAGUGCAAACAAUGAAAGGAAAAGAAAUCCCAUAGUCUGGUAUAAAGCUUCACUUUGGGACUCUCCAUCCGUCUCUGAAGGGCAGCUGAAAAUAACACUUUUAUUAGCUUUGUCCUAUUUCCAUUUAAUGCUGUCCGCUCAGGGGAAAAUGACAAGGAGAGGACUAGGGCUGUUGUGAUUCAGGUCAAAGAAACCACACAGUAAAAUACAUACUGUUCUCUCUGUCCAUUCUUAAAUCAGAGGUUUUAUUCUGUGUGUCUCUCCCUUUCCCAUUCUGGCUUUUGCUGUUUCUUUCUAGCUUCUUAUUGAGCAGCCUCCUUAAUUUUCAUGAGUCAGGGUUUUCCUGCAGACAUUUCCACCACUGCUUUUAAAAUCUCACUGGUUGCCUUAAUUGACCUUUCAUCUUGUCUUUCAGCUUUCUUGUCAGAUAGUACAACUGUAGGUCUGCAUACAUAAACAUGUACUUUCUUCCCUUCUACUUUUGCUCUAAACCACACAAAAGAAGAAACCCAAGUCAGAAUCUCACAGUCUCAGUUAUGCUGGCAUAAGAUUCUUAGUUUAUUAUCUAUAGACUUAGUUUAUUACCUGCGAGUAAUACCUACAGGUAUUGCCUAAUACCAUACUAUUGAAUGGGACCCUGCUGGUCUGUAUGUGUGGGACUUCAGUAAGUUCAUGAGUCUUCAGAGUGUUUGAAGCGAAACAGUCACACUUUUCUUCAGAACAUGUUUUCUUUAUAGACUUUCAGUUACUUAAGUGGUAUUAACUAACGUGUUUUUCUCCAGGAAUGUUAAGGUAAAGCUUUCGAGGUGGCCUAGUUUGAAGUCUAGGGAUAAAAUGAAGCUUCCAGUUUUCUCCUGAUGCUGCUGUGGGCUAAUACUACUUCACUGAAAUGAAUCGGUGGAGUCCAAACAGGUAGACAGCUUCUCAUGAAACCUUUGUGAGCUGUUCCUAAUUCAUGCAUACCCAGCCUUCGGCAUUAAUACUGACUUCUAGAGUUGCCUGUGAGGGUGGCUUGAUCUGGGACCAAAGGCAGGAAUAGGAAACAGACUGGGGUGGUGUAGCAAAUUCUGGAAAUACCUAGAAAACACCCAGUAUAAGACGACUCCCUUAAAAAAGCAAAGCCAAGUGUUUUCUGUUUCAGCAAAUUAAAAAUCACACUCCAAAUAUCCAAGCUUGGAAUUUGGUCUGUUUUUUUUUUAAUCUGGUUUUGCUGUUUGGUAAUUAGAGGAGCCUGCUUUGCAGUUUAUUACCCACCGUAUUGAAGUACCCAGAAAUACUGCAACCCACAAACGUAAAAGGGAAGAUGUUCAGAGUUGUAUUUUUUGGCCUUAGUUUAUCCCUUUGCACCCCCGUAUUGCAGCAGAGAGGUGAGGGUGUCCACUGAGUUGAAGUGCUGUAAUACUGAGGAAUAUUGGAUUGUUCUAGGCGCAAUGUACAAAAGUUAAUGCAGCCAAACAGAAGAGUAAAAACUUUUAAUAUUAAAGUUCAGAUCAUAUUGAUCUUUCCUUUUUUGUUUUCUUUUUCUUUUUAACUAUGACUUGAAUCAGUUUUGAUUCUAUUUGUACGUGUUUUCUUGUUCUUAGAAAGCUGCCAUUUUCUUUUGCAUUUUUCUUUGGCAUUACAUAGAAAAUCUGAGCCUUGGUUUUCAACCCUCUGCAGGUGAUUGUAGGGUUAAGAUGGCUUUUUUGUUUUGUUCUUACAUUUCACUUGUCUUGUUGCAUGAUGGUCAAUAGCCAAUUUGGAAAUGACAUUUCUCUCCUAGAUUAAUUUUGUGUUUGUAAGAUGUGCAUAUUGCUUUGCAGAAUAAAAACAAUGA